GCCCUCCCUCAUCAACCGAAACAGAGAGAAACGAAGAGCAUCCAUCCCUCAAUAUCCAUCACCAUUAGUACGAGCUGAUAAUAUCAGAUGAUGUUGAUAAUGUUGUAGAAAAGACAUGGCUUUUCUUUCUGUUUCUUGCAACAAUCGUUUAUUAGUUACUAAGGAGAACUCGGGAUUUCUUGAUGUGAAGACCAAGUCUUGGAGAAAAUAUGAAAACUUUGGCAGUUCUGUUGUGACUUAUAAAGUACCUAAUAGUCGUAGCAAUUCACGGGCGUUGUUGAUGUCUGCCAGUAAGUUAAGUUUAUUCAGUAGCGCAAGAAGUGGGGUUCCCUUGUUGGGUUUUUGUUCCCGUGGUAGAUUUCAACAUGGGUUGUCAUGUAACUAUAGAAUUGGUCCAAUUGGGUCACUGACGAAAGAAAACAGUGGAGAUGAGCAGACCCAGUUGAGGAAAAGAAAAAAUGGAAGUGUGGGAAAGAGGUUUUCAAUGAGAUUUCGCCCGAGGUUGCGGUUAUUGACUAUGAGAAUGAAGAGAGUUCUGGUUAGGUCAAUGUUGGAUGACUUUGGAAAGUUCUUGCGAAAGAAUGUAAAGAAACUGACUCUUUUGACCGCAAUAUCUGUCACAUUGGGGUUGUGCUAUUUGUUUAUGAAAUUAACUGCAAUGCCAUCUUCAAAGGUUGUUCCAUAUUCGGACUUAAUAACAAGCCUUCAAAGUGGUAAUGUUACGGAGGUACUACUUGAAGAGGGAUCUCGUCUUAUAUAUUACAAUACAAACUCCCAGAGUCUCGAAAUUUCUAGGAUGACAGAAGACAAACCGCAGGAAUUUAAUGUUUCUGUUGAGAAUGGGGCUGAUACAUCUGGCAGAGAACAAAAUGCGAGAACUAGCAAACCAUUGUAUUUGAGUUUAUUGAGAAGAUUUUCAAGAAAUGGUUCUUCUGCCCCUGAGUGGCAGUAUUCCACAAGGAAAAGUGACCGAGAUGAGAAAUUUCUUCUUAGUUUGAUGAGAGAAAAGGGGACAAGAUAUAGCUCGGCACCUCAAUCGGUUUUGAAGUCCAUGAGAAGCACUUUAAUAACAAUAAUUUCACUCUGGAUUCCCUUAACUCCUUUGAUGUGGCUUCUGUAUCGUCAACUUGCUGCUGCUAAUAGCCCGGCGAAGAAGCGGAAAUCUGUUAAUCGGAUGGUAAGCUUUGAUGAUGUGGAGGGUGUUGAUGUUGCCAAGACAGAGCUUAUGGAAAUAGUUGCAUGUCUGCAAGGAGCUAUUAACUACAAAAAGCUAGGAGCAAAGUUACCUAGAGGUGUACUGCUGGUGGGUCCUCCGGGAACAGGGAAAACAUUACUGGCCCGUGCCGUUGCGGGAGAAGCAGGAGUACCAUUUUUCACUGUUUCUGCUAGUGAAUUUGUGGAGUUAUUUGUUGGAAGAGGGGCAGCUCGCAUUAGAGACCUUUUUAAUGUUGCCAGAAGAGAUGCACCUUCUAUCAUAUUUAUUGAUGAACUUGAUGCAGUUGGGGGAAGGCGUGGUAGAAGUUUCAAUGAUGAACGUGAUCAAACAUUGAACCAGCUAUUGACAGAAAUGGAUGGGUUUGAGUCGGACAUGAAAGUGAUUGUUAUUGCAGCCACUAACAGGCCAGAAGCUUUGGAUCCAGCUCUUUGUCGCCCAGGUCGAUUCUCAAGAAAGGUACUGGUUGGAGAACCUGACGAAGAAGGAAGAAGGAAGAUCUUGGCUAUACAUUUGAGAGGAGUUCCUUUAGAGGAAGACAUAGAUCUUAUCUGUGAUCUAGUUGCUUCUCUUACACCAGGUUUUGUAGGGGCUGACCUAGCAAACAUUGUCAAUGAAGCUGCUUUGCUUGCUGCUCGUAGAGGUGGUGAAAUUGUGACAAGGGAAGAUAUGAUGGAAGCACUUGAAAGAGCAAAGUUUGGAAUCAAUGAUAAGCAGCUGAGACCUAGUACAAUAAGCAAGGAGCUAGGAAAACUGUUCCCUUGGAUGCCAUCUGUAUUUGCUAAAAAUGAUGCCAGACGAGAUGAUUUGCAAGGGCCCUUGGGCUAUCAAACUCUGGGUUGAUUGGUAAGGUUACUUUCUUUCUACUGUUCACCAAUGUUAUUUGAAAAUCAAAGAUACUUUUCCUCUGGAGGAAUACCCAGUAUUCAGAAGAAAUGACUGGAUCAGUGUCAGCAAAAUGCUGAGAGAGUGUCAUCAGAAUUAGAGUGCUGUGGAAUUCACAAGGGUGCUGGUGGUUAACGCCUGGUUACUUUUAAUUUGGCAUUGCAGAAAUUGUUUUCAGCUUUAUUUAGAGGAUACAUGUCUUGACUUCUGGGUACUAUUCAAAUCCAACCUUGUAGUCGUGCGACUUAGAUUUCAAUAGUUCUGUACACAUUAUGUUUUCGAAAUUGAAAGUCGGAUCUUUUUAUAAAUACCAUGUACAUUAGUGCCUUUCAGGUAUUA